AUGUUGAUCAAACCGCUUAACCUCCGAGCACCACGCCACAUCAUUGAUGAAGAAGAUGGCACCCCAGCCCCAAUCCCAGAUAUAGAAGUUGAGUUAGAUACCACAGAAUACGACUAUGUUUUGGUGGUACCCAAGACAGUAGGAAUUUUAACCGAAAGUUUUUCCAAUGGAGUCAAAGUAGGCUCGAUAUCUAUAACAUACCCCAAGCCAGAAGUACAGGAGCCCACCGAGGAAUACGACGAAGACGUCCAAUUAUAUAAUGCAGUGAUAGAGAAGGUGAAUGCCAAAAAAUAUCCUAGUCUCGAGUUGGACGUGAUGAAGCAUGGGUCUUUCAUUACUGUCACUAUCCCACAGUUCUCAAAUGUCAUCACAUACAACGUUUUAAGUACUGUUUUAGUUAAGGUUCUUAGGCCUCAAAAGUCGUGGCUACUCAUUGCCCCCUGCAGCUUGAACAACAACCAAACCAUCAAUAAACUUGUGGUCCAUAAGCUGCUUGUGCUCCCUUCUUUAUAUGAUUCCAUUCCAUUUUUACAGCCACCCCACUCAAUAACAGGUAUUUCUGGCGCUGUUACCUCCAAGCUCAGCUUAGUGCAAGACUCUGAGGCCAUCAUUUUGGUGUUGAAUUCCGAAGGACAAUCUGGUUUCGAGAUUUCUGACAAUGAUUCGAUUGUGGACGCCGCAUACGCUGUUGCCGAAUUGAUUCUUCAAGAUCUCAACCAAAGAGAGGAAUAUUUGAAGAAAGUUAGCAGCACCGUCAGGAAGUUCAAUGGAUUCUCUAACUCUGGAAUGUAUAUUUAG